GGGUAAAAAUCAGUUCGGCAAUUUCCACAGAGGGAGUAAGAACGGUGACAAACCGGUAUAAAGCCAUUAUAGGGCGCAGUAAGGGGCCCAGAAAGCCGUAAUUAAGUAUGUUAAUAAAUAUUAUUUGAGAUCUUAUUAAAAUAAAUGUUUACAAGUACUUUACUACAACACAUUGUUCAAAAACCUAAAGGGGACUGACCUGACUACAACUCCCGGCAUGCCACUAAGUCCUACGGCGCUACGUGUGACGUAAAGGAAGCUGCGUGUUGCCGUUGGAAACGGCGGUAGCUGCCGCGGGAGGACUGAGCUGUGUUUGUUUACAAGUACAGUUGAGACAGCGAACCUGAGACUGAAAGAACCGGCUACACAGACACUGAAGCCGGGCUGGAGGAGCCAGGAGUCUGGGAGAAGAUUCUAACUAGACUCGAUUCAUUCGGAAAAAUACUUGUAGUCUGUAAUAUAACAAGCCGGAAAAAUUCUGAUUUUUUUUCAAAGUCUGAGAAACGUCAAACAGCUAGCUUCCGUGGACCGGCCAUGUCUAAAGCGUGGCAGCAUCCCUACGUCAACGUCUUCAAGCACUUCAAGAUUGAAGAAUGGAAGAAGUCAACGAAGGAGGGAGACGUGACAACAUUUAUGGACAAGACGCUGAAGUGUACUGUGUAUCGGAUUCGAGGACCCGUUCCUGCGAGUAACUACAUCCUUUUGCCUAAAACAAGCACACAGUCCCUGGGUCUGACCGGGCGCUACCUCUACCUGCUUUUCAAACCCAUCCCAGAAAAACACUUUGUGGUGCAUCUAGAUGUAGCAACAGAGGAUGGCCAAGUGAUCCGUGUCUCUUUUUCAAACCUGUUCAAAGAGUUCAAAUCAACAGCCACAUGGCUGCAGUUCCCAUUCCUCUGUGGAGCAGCCAAGGGGUCUGUGUACGAGAGCACCGCCAGGGCCGCUCGGCAGGACCUAGUGGGUCCUGCCCCAGCCAGUGUGCGAUGGAUCUGCCUGAUGAUGGACCUGCAGUACCUCCUGUCCAUGUACCUGAAUCGCAGAUACAGCCACCUGAAGAGCAUCAAACUGUGUGCCAGCAUGCUGCUGAAGAAUCUGUUUACCAGCGACUUGCUCAUUGACCCAGGCUUGACUUUCAUUGAAGCCAAACAAGCCGGAGCAGUGAUGCAAGGCAGUGGCCCGAUGCCAAGAGAAAUGUGUUUCCCUGUGCCGAAGGGAGGGAGCUGGCAUGACCUCUACGACUACAUUAGGUUUCCAUCUGAUGGAGGCAAGAUGCCCUUUGACUCGAUUCAGAAAGGACAAGCAACAGCUGGUCCGACUCAUUCAAAUGUUGUUCGAGAGCUGCCACGUAAUGUGAAUCUCAGCAAGCCAGUCCAGGACAGAGUCUCCCUAAUUCAGCAGAUUACCAGCCCCAAACCGCGGCCCCGUCGUCGAGCUCCCCUUUUGACUGCGAGUGUUCCUGAAUUGCCUCCUGUGAGCUCUGCGUCACAGAGCAGGUCGCUGCAUGACAGCUGGCAGGCUGAAGCUCUGGAGAGCGAUCGUAAGGAAGAUCCCGGUGCUUCGGGGGACAGCGUUCUCACUGCAGACGACGGCGGGAUCCACGUGUUCGCCCACAGAGAUGAGGAGAUCAGUGUCCACAGACACAAAAGCUCCACGGAAGAGACCGUGUGCACGAGAGUAACCGGACCAGUGUCACUGCCAGCUAAAAAAGUAGCAGAACACACAAAACUGCAACCGGAUCCUAUCCUGAAACUCAACAGAAUCAUCGGCUUCGGAGGCUGUACCACAAAAUGUACUCUGUGGACAAAAACAGGCACAGCGGUGGUGUACCCCUGCCAUGCUGUAAUAGUCUCCAUGGACAUUGCAUCAGGACAGCAAAGAUUUUUUAUUGGUCACACAGACAAGGUCUCUGCUCUGACAUUCAAUGGGAACUGCACUUUACUGGCAUCGGCACAGACCGGGAACCUGAGCGUGGUGCGUGUGUGGAAUUACCAGAAAGGGAGCUGCCUGUCCCUGUUUAAAACACACACGCACUCCGUCUCCUCUCUCAGCUUCUCUUACAGCGGUGGAGUCCUGUGUGGAGUGGGGAAAGAUAACCAUGGAAAAACUAUGGUUGUGGUGUGGAACACUUUGAAGGCGAAUAAAGGAGGAGAGGUGGUGGUGAUGGCCAAAGCACACACGGACGUGGACAUACAGACCAUGAAAAUAGCAUUUUUCGAUGACACCAGGAUGGUGUCCUGUGGGAGGGACAAUAUCCGUCUGUGGCGAGUGCGGAGUGGGUCCCUGCGCUCCUGCCCGGUUAAUCUGGCUGAAUAUCAUGCUGUGGAAUUCACAGACGUCGCAUUCGAACAGGGACACUUCGCCGACAGGGAACCUGAAGACAGGACUCUAUUCGCCUGCAGCAAGAGUGGCCACAUCCUGGAGAUCGACUACAUGAGCGUGUCAAUCAAAAAUGUGAGGCGCCUGCUCCCGUCCCAGCAGAAACACUCGCAGCGGAGAGAGAAGCAGACCUUCAGCACAGGACUUGGGAUCGCAAUAAACAGCAUCAGUAUCUCGUCCGCCUUCUGUGCUACGGGGUCAGAUGAUGGGUACCUUCGGCUCUGGCCCCUUGAUUUUUCCACUGUGUUUUUGGAAGCAGAGCACGAAGGACCGGUGAGUUUGGUGAACAUCGGGCCAGAGGGGGCGCAUGUCCUCGCUGCCACCUCGACAGGGAACCUGGGGUACCUGGAUGUGAGCAGCCGAGCGUACAGCACGCUGAUGAGGUCUCACACAGACACAGUGCAGGGGUUUAGCAUUGAUGGGAUUCGCAGGAACAUCGUCACAGUGUCUCUGGACAACAGCGUCCGGGUCUGGGAUAUUGACUCAAUGCAGCAGCUGUUUGACUUUAUCUCAGAAGACACCCCCUGUGCUGUUGCUUUCCACCCAGUGCAGCAAGUGUUUGCCUGCGGGUUCAGCUCCGGGCUUGUACGAGUCUUCAACAUUGCCAGCUCCAGUCUCCUCGCAGAACACAAGCAGCACCGGGGUCAGGUGAUCGGGCUGGCAUUCUCCCCGGACGGAGAGAACAUGUACAGCGCUGGCUCUCUGGGCUCCCUGGCGCUGUAUAACUCAGUGGAGGAGGACCAUCACAUCCUCAGAGUCUUGGGCAAUGUGGUAGCGAGAGGCAGCGAGCGCAGUCCUGAGGCGCUGACUGUGAGCAGCGACAGCAGGAGCCUGGCCUUUGUCGGCCCCGCGGAGUACACUGUUACAGUGAUGGAUGCCCGUUCCCUGGAUGAGCUCAUGCGGAUAGAUGUGAGUAUCCUGGACCUGUUGAGCACAAGCCUGGACUCUGCUGUGAAGGUCUGCUUUGCUCCUGUUGCAACUGGGCACCUGUUAGUGACCACAUCGUCCAAUAAGAUCCUCUGGAUGAACACCAAGUCUGGACGACUGAUCAGAGAGAUUCCCAAUGCCCAUAAACACGUGUGUUCCUCCGUGUCCGUGACUGAUGACGCACGCUUCCUGUUGACUGCGGGAGACAAGGCAGUCAAAGUCUGGGAUUACCACAUGAAACAUGACAUCAACUUCCAGGUCUUCAUCGGUCAUUCUCAGCCAGUCCAACAAGUGACCUUCACUCCAGACCAGCUUGGGGUCGUCACCGCAGGAGACGCAGUGUAUAUUUGGGAUUUCCUGGCCAAUCCUCACGAACCACAGGCGAGCAGAGAUGUUCCUGCACCAGCUCCAGCUGUGACACAAUCUCCUUUUAAGUCUGUUUCAGUUGGGGACCCAGAACUGCACUUGAGUCGGGCGUUGCUGUCAAACGGGAUGCCUCGAGAGGCUGUGCCGGUUCCUUCCUCCUCCUCCCCUCCCUGCCUGGAUAUCAGCGUCAUAGAGCAGGCGGGACAAGGUUUCUUCUCGCUGUGUGAAGAGGUAGAGGGGUCAGCCCUGGGCAGUAGCUCUGCAGGAGCAGCGAGGGGCUCCUUCCUGCGUGUCACAGUGCCUCCUUCAAGCAGAGAGAGGGGGAAACCCAGCCUGCAGAAUGAGCUGGAUCUACUCGGAGACGAUGUGUUGCAUGAAGAGGAAGAGGAGCAGGAGGAGGAGCGGGAGAAGACCUUAGUCCGUCCGGACGCCUAUAAACACUUCACACCGCGCUUCAGAACGUCAGCCCUUGCUCAGGAUGCAGUGGCUCCCCCUGCUGGGGAAGAGAGCUUGAGACUGAAGGCAGUGAUCGGAUACAACGGAAAUGGACGAGGGAACAUGGUUUGGAAUCCAGAUACAGGUUUGUUUGCAUACUCGUGCGGCUCUGUGGUAGUGCUGGAGGAUCUUCAUGCAGGCUCCCAGAAGCACUGGGUCGGACACACAGAGGAGAUCUCAACCUUGGCUGUCACCAACGAUGCACAGACAGUCGCUUCAGCUUCGGGAGGCAGUGAUGGGACUUGCAGCCUGAUCUGCAUCUGGAAUGUCAAAGACGGGUCCAGGAGGAGUACCAUCUCUUACCACAAGGGGGCGGUGCAGGCAAUGACUUACUCCAGAGAUGAUUUCUUCCUCCUUUCUGCAGGAGAUUACAGGGACCCUGCCAUUGCUCUCUGGAGCACCAACAGUUACCAGCUGCUGACCAGCGUCCGCCUUGCAGAGCCAAUCCACGACCUGUCCUUCAACCCUGCCUCCGCCAGCCAGCUGGCCUGCGUGGGCAGCGGCGGGGUGAUGUUCUGCCUCAUCGAGCAGCAAGGGAAGGACGCACGGUUAAAGGUACACAAGGCUCCCGUGCCUGGGGAGUUGGGGGAGGUGGAGCUCACAGCGCUCUGCUACAGCGCCGACUCCAUCCUGUACACCGGCACCAACAGCGGCAGGGUCUGCGCCUGGGACUCCCACACCAGCCGCUGCUUCAUGACCUGGGAGGCUGAUGAGGGAGAGAUCGGAGUCCUGCUGUGCCGAGGGAACAGGGUGAUGAGUGGCAGCAACACCAACAGGAUCCGGCUGUGGGCCGUGGCGGCUGUGCAGGGAAUGAGGCACCAGAGCUCAGGGGACAGGAGCAGCUCAGUCCUGCUGGAGCACGAGAUGCUGCUGGACGGCACAGUGGUCAGCGCUGCCUUCGAUGAUGUCAUGGACAUGGGAAUCGUAGGCACCACCACCGGCACACUCUGGUACAUUAACUGGGAGGAAAACACCAGCAUCCGGCUCAUCAGCGGGCACAAGAACAAGGUGAACGAUGUAGCCUUCAGUCCAGACGAGGGUCACUUUGCCACGUGUGCACAGGACGGCAGUGUGCGGGUAUGGGCAGCACCCAGCAUGGAGCUUGUGGUGCAGUUCCAGGUGCUAAAUCAGGGCUGCCUGUGCAUGGCAUGGAGCCCAGCCUCUCCCAGCCAGGAGCACAGUGACAGCAAGCGCGUCGCGGCAGGAUACAGUGACGGGACACUGCGCGUCUUCAGCAUCCUCACCAGCGAGAUGGAGCUGAAGCUGCACCCACACCCCGUGGCCGUCACAGCCAUCCAGUACUCUGCAGACGGCCAGGUGGUUCUCUCGGGUGGGAAGGAUGGACUCAUGGCCGUGAGCAGCCCUCGGACAGGCAUGACCAUCCGCAUCAUCAGUGACCACAAGGGGGCGUCCAUCAACUGCAUUCAGUGCACCAAGAAGCAGUACAAUGAAUUUGGACUGGAAGGAAGCGAGAUGUGGUUGGCUGCCAGCUCAGACCGGCGCGUCAGCAUCUGGGCUGCUGAUUGGAUGAAGGACAAGUGUGAGCUCAUCGACUGGCUGAGCUUCCCGGCGCCUGCACUUGAUGACGAGGAGUCUGACUCUUUGCCCCCCAGCCUGGCUGCCUUCUCUCCCUCUGAGCCGGGGGUGGUACUGUAUGUGGGGUACGGAAUGGAGAGAGAGAUCACUUUCUACAGCCUGCACCAGAAACGGAUUAUCAGGAAGAUUGCUCUGUCCCACUGGGCAACAUGUUUAAGCCUGUCUCCAAGAGGACAGCUUAUUACGGUUGGCUGUAAUGAGCGACUUAUAAAGCUGAUCAAGUCAAGAAACGGAAAGUUCCAGGAUUUCACAGCCCACAGCGACGUGGUCCACGUCUGCAGAUUCACCCCGUCUGGCAAACUGCUCUUCACUUCUGCCUACAACGAAAUCCUGCUGUGGGAGGUCCGGGGCUUAUAGAGACUGCGAUCAAUCAACUUCCCUUUGAGAAUCUCUAAAGAAGAGAGAAACAUUUUGAAAUGCAUAUCGACUGAUAUAAUCUGUGAUUACCCCCCUCCCCCAAAUCAUAAACCACUCAACUGACCAGACUAGAAAACUGAAUACCACAGAAUCACAGCAACCUUUUUAAGAUGUUUCUCAACAGAGAAGCCAGCAUAGGAGCAGGAAAAAAAUUAAUAAACUCAUACAAUGAUGAUUCUGGUGUUUGAAUUGGUGCCGGAUUGCUGAAAGAAAGAAGACAAAGUCCCAUCUGCUUGAUGGAUUUACGACCCCCAGUCAUGUCUGAAAAUCUGCUGUGCAAGUGAGAAAAAAAAAAACAUGCUAACAGCAUUCAGUUAUGUAUAUUUUAGCAUUUCUUGGUAUGCAUUUCUGAUUACUAUUAUUAUUGUUCCAAAAGAGCCUGUUUUAUUAUUUGUUUUUUACAGUAAUUAACUUUUAAGUAGUAUGUUAGUGCCUUACUUUUUGUACUUGCUUUUAAUAAAGUUUUAUAUUUGAAAUGUACAA